CCGUUGACGCAUGCGUGCAAAGGAAUUGGCGGAGUUGCCAGCUGGUGGUGGUUUAAUUUUGGGAUAGGGUUAGAGUUUUAUUUUAAAAUCCUCGUUUCAGGCGGAGCUAAAGCCGAGUGGUCGGAUCAAGAAACGGGUUUGUUGGUGAUGUUUGAACGGGUGGCUCAGCUGGUGACGAGACGAAUGGCUGGUUGAUUGUCCAGGACUGACCGAAGGAGUGGCCGAGCCGCUUGUACAACUGGUGGAAGGAGUUCCCCUCCAAAUGGUAUUCGAUCUUAUUGGUUUGGACUUGUAGAAGAUUUUAAUUGUUUGGAGAAAAUGGGGACACCUGGAUCUGGAAGGAAACGAACGCCUAUUAAAGACAGAUUCUCUGCUGAAGAUGAGGCCCUGAGCCACAUUGCCAGAGAGUCACAGUUUACAGCAGCAGCAAAAAGAAUUGCCCGAGCAGAAGCUCGAGAUAUCCGUAUGAAAGAACUGGAGCGACAGCAAAAAGAGAUUUACCGCUCAUCUGGUAGGAAGUGGGGAGAGAUUCAUCAAUGGAUGGAGAAUACAGAACGUGCCAAGCAUUCUUAUAGGCCUAGCCGACAUCACAUGGCAACAAAUCAUGAUGCCUUGUCUGUUCACCGUGCUAGCAGCCAAAGGUGUUCCUCCUCUGAUGUGGGUGUGUCUCAGAGAAGCAGCUCAAGACGAAAUGACCUUGUGAUGAUAUCUUAUGGAAAGGACAAGUCAAUUCAACCUGAUAAAAGUUCACGAGCUACCUCUGUUUACAACAAUGCCCAUGCAGUCAGGAAGAAGCUGUCCACUUCCAAUAAUGGCCUCUUGAGUGGAAUAUACCAUAACCAAAGAAAGCUCAGCACCUUAAAUAGCACUAAAUCUUCCUCCUAUUAUACUCUGCCGUCGUCUCUCUUUAACGCUUCUGUUACAACAUCCAAGAAUUACAGGGCCUCUUCUAAUUUGGGCAAGGGCCUAAUUCGAAGCCAGAGUUUGGUGUCAUUGAACGAUGAGAGACUUUACAGUUACAGUCGGAGAUGUAGUUCAAGAACUCCAUCUGAAUACAGUUAUUCUUCUCGAGCAAGUUCAGUGCACAGUAGCCCGAUGAAUUCAGAUGAUGAAAGAAUGAGUAUCGUGUCCCAAGACAAUAUCAGCCGGGGACGUCGUGACAGUGUGUCCUCUGAUUUUUCUGAUCACAGUGGAUCGAUAGCUGACUAUUUUAGCCGCUCAAACCGCAGGGGAAGUGUGGUCUCAGACUUGGAUGAUAUUUCUGCCCCAGACCUCCUCAGUCUGGAGGAGAAGACUGAACCAUUUUCUCGGCCUGCUUCUCGAAAUGCAGUUGCAGGGUUGUCACCAGCAACACUAGCCUCACUUGGAGGAUCGUCGUCUCGACGAGGGAGCGGGGAUACCAGUAGUAUACUAGAUCCAGAUGUUUCACUCAGUGAAUUGCGGGAUAUCUAUGAGCUUAAGGACCAGAUACAAGAUGUAGAGGGGAGAUACAUGCAGGGAUUAAAAGAACUUAAGGAUUCCUUAUUAGAGGUUGAAGAAAAAUAUAAGAAAGCUAUGGUCUCCAAUGCACAACUAGACAAUGAAAAAUCUAACCUCAUCUACCAAGUGGAUACACUAAAAGAUGUCAUUGAGGAAAUGGAAGAACAGAUGGCAGAGCUGUUUAGGGAGAAUGAGGAAAAAUCUAAGGAACUGGAACGACAGAAGCAUGUGUGUCGUGUGUCACAGCACAAAAUAGAAGAACUUAAAGAGGGCAUUCAGCAAAGAGAUGAACUUAUAGAGGAAAACAAGUCUUUGCAGCAAAGGGUGGACACUCUCACCAGGGAUGUGUUUGAUCUGCAGGAAACUGUCAACUGGAAAGACAAAAAAAUUGGGGCUCUAGAGAGGCAGAAAGACUACUUUGACUGCAUUAGAAAUGAGCGUGAUGAGCUGAGAGAUGAGUUGGCUGAUCUAAGGGAAAAAACAAAGAAACACGGUCUGGUUAUAAUCCCAGAAGGCACGCCUAAUGGUGAUGUAAAUCAUGAACCAAUUGUUGGUGCUAUAACAGUUGUAUCUCAAGAAGCUGCUCACGUGCUUGAAAGUGCAGGAGAUGGACCACUAGAUGUACGGCUAAAGAAACUGGCUGAUGAAAAGGAAGAAUUGCUUGCACAGAUCAGAAAGCUGAAAUUGCAAUUGGAAGAGGAAAAACAGAAGAACUCAAGGAUUGAAAAUGUGUUCACCGAUUCUGAUCGGCUAGAAAAUGGCACAGACCUACAAAUUCUGGAAAUGCAGAGAGAUGUAAAUAGGCAGCUGAGUGAGUACAAGUUUAAACUGUCUAAGGCAGAACAAGACAUUGCCACUGUUGAACAAAAUGUUGUCAGACUUGAAGGGCAGGUGCUUCGCUAUAAAACAGCAACAGAAAACUCAGAAAGAAUAGAGGAUGAACUAAAAGCAGAAAAGAGGAGGUUGCAGCGAGAGUUACGAUCAGCAUUGGAUAGGAAUGAAGAGAUGGAAAUGACCAAUAGCCACUUGAUGAAGCGAUUAGAGAAGAUGAAAGCCAACAGAAAUGCAUUACUCUCUCAGCAGUAAAGAAAGAAGAGCUGGGGCACUGUAUCUAUAACUAGCAGAACUUCCAUGCAUCGCAACUUAAAGAGCCUUUUCAUUGGUACAACCACUUUCAAACACUGAAAAAUGUCCUUUUAUUAAGGCUUCAGUUUUAUAAGUGUUGGCAUAAAGUUUUUGUAAUUUAUGAGAGAUUCAUGGCAUUGUCUAAUGUCUAUGUUUGUUAAUUGUGAAUUGUAUUGUCUGUUUAGCUCACUGGGUUAAGAGCCUUUGAAAUGGGUUGUGUCUUUGUAAUGAGCAAUUUUAGCAGGCAAAUACAAAUAGAUAUGAUUGUGUAUGGCUUUAAUAUGCCAAACUGAUCUACAUAAACCUUUCUGCUGCUUAGAAAUUAUAGUGGUUGCUUAAGACCUUGAACGACUGUGUGAACAGAACAGAUGCACAAGGUAACCUCAUGAUCCUUUUGAAAAUCUGACUACUCUCAUUUGCCAAUUGUUCUGUGCACCCCACAAUACAGGAAUCCCACUUCAAGUGCCUUCCACGCGGUGCAAUGGAGAUUACCUUGAUUUGGUUAUUCAGUCAAAUUUAUGGACCAUUCAUUUGGUCUGAGAUAUUUUAGAAACAAAGUGGGUAAAUUUCUAAGAUAAGUAUCUGCCAAAAGUGACACACUUUUUUUCUUUGAGAACACAACUUCAAAAUUAUCAUUUAUGUUACAUGCGACUUAUUCAAGUAAAGAAAUGGAUUGUGGUUAAAAUUGAUAAGUUUUGCAAACGUCCCUAUGGUUUAGUUUAAAACACAUGAACAGGGCUUCUCUGCUGCUCCCUACUUCAUGGAGUUAAAAGAAAACAAAUGGAAAGAGUUAUUUCCUUUUCUGUACAAAAUAUUGGACUGCAUCUUCAGAGUAUUACUGGUGUUGCUUGUUUAUAAGGGUUUUGUCUUUCUGGAAAAAUAAAGGCAUGUGAAUGGGGAUUUUGACAAUAAAUGAAACUGUGGGCACUUUAUAUAAUGAGACCACA